UUUUGGCACCGUUUGUCAGAAUGGCUGGGGUAGCUCCUACUACUACUUCAACAACAGAGUUAUAUACCAAAGUAUAUAACAGAGGCAGUGGCACUGGAAGUAUUCUUCUGAACGACGUGAGAUGCAAUGGACAUGAGAGCUCCCUCUGGGACUGUCCUCACGAUGGGGUCCGUGUACACAAUUGUUUUCACAGUCAAGACGUAUGGCUGCAGUGAUCAGGUUACUAUGGUUAUCGUGGGAUUGCCAACGAAACUGCCAAGGACUGGUCUGGUAUAGAGCUGGCGACUAACUCCUCCGUACUAGGAACAAGUGCUCUCCAAUAUGUGGACAUCGAAUUUGCUGGUCUUCCUAACAUCGGGACACAUUCAAAUGAUACGGCAGCCAUAUUGAUUAGUGGAAGCCCACCUGUGCUUGAUAACCUGAAUAUCACGAAUGUCAUCGGUAAUGGUGUUCUACUCAGAGAUAUAACAGGACAUGCGGCGAUCAACAAUAGUAACAUUGAGGACAGCAUGGGCAACGGGGUUUCCUUCAGAAGCUAUGGUGGUAACCUGGCACUGGACAAUGUCCUGAUUUCUAAUGUCCAUAAAGCAGGUGUAUAUUACAACAGACUAUUUCCGCUGCCCUCCUAUAUAUAAGAUGUGCCAACUGCCGGAAACAACGGUUCCUGAUGGAGAACCGCUCAUAGUCAGCUUUGACAGUACUGACCUUCAUCUGGGGUCAAGGUCUUCCUGUUCUCAGGUGUUUCGAAGUCAAAACCCAGGAUAUAUUUUGGUGUUGCGCGUACUAUACAUAAGAACACGUUCGUAUACAAAUCGUUACAUACUGAAUAUAUUUGACGGAAACAGUUCGUCCUCCCGGUGGCUGAAGAGCGUGUAUAUGUACGGUGCCGAGGUAAACAUGCCGUCCCCUCUCUACACAACUGGCGGCUCAGUCUUGCUGUCAUUUUCAAGACUAAAUAUUGACUCUAGCGAAUGAUAUCAAGGAAUGUUUAAAGUUCAGUCCGUUGCCGAUGAGUAAAUAUUAAUUAUGUGAAAGAAAGUAUUUUCGCGCAUCUCCACAUAUCGCAUAGCAUAUCGAAUUCAUUUUCACUUUCAGUUCAUAAUGACUUAGUAAGUCAUGCUUGUCAUAAUGUUUGAUAAGAAUGUGCUAUUGUAACGUAAAGUAAUAUACGUAAACUCGUAUGUAUUUUUACAGCUUAUUCAGGACACUCUAGGGGUUUAUCAUUGAAUAACGUCAAAGUUACAACAUCCGGAUAUGGAAUUUUUAUUGAGAAUCAACUGCAUCCAAUUCGCAUAUCAGGCUCUCGUGUGACACUUUCCUCAGAGGCAGGUCUGUACGUUGGUAAGGGAUCCGGUACGAUUGUGCUUCAGGACAGCGCCUUUGUGAAUAACAUGAACCAUGUGCACUUUGAGCACAUCCAGAGGAAUGUUACCGUGAAGAACAAUGAAUUCAUUAAUUCCUCUAACUAUGCUUUGUCUGUUGGCACACGCCCGGUGUGGACAUCAUCAAAUAAAAUCUGCUUCAUUUUUCAAAACAAUACCCUGAUGGAUGAUUUAUUUGGUAUAUCAGUACCGCAUGCUAGACAGUGUGCCCUAACAGACAUCGUAGUGUCCGGCAAUGUCUUUCACAAUCAAAGCGGAACUGCCCUGAUGUUGGGGUCUGGUUAUGGAUGUGGAACAAACAAACUUAGUUCCGUCCAAGUGAAUGAGAAUUCGGUUUCUAAAACAAAAGAGACUGCAGCUUUUGUAAUAGAAACUGACAACAGGGGCACCCAAAUACUCAACAACAUGUUAUCCGAUAAUGACGUGUCCAAGUGUGUUCUUUGUGUUUUUGCCUCCAGUUUGUUCGUGACUGGUAAUAAAUUUAGAAACAACAAUGUAAGAACGGAAAACAAAAGACAUAGGGUGGGUGCUGUCAUGGUCUUGAUAAAUGCUCCAAGUAGUUUCACAUUCACUGACAAUGUUUUCGAAAACCUGUUGGUCGAAUAUCCACUGGCCACUUGGCACGAGAAUUCCGUCCUUAAAACACUUGAUGUGUCACGAAAUUACUGGGGAACACCAAACCCGCAGGGUGUUUACUCGGGCAUUAUCGAUAAUACAAAACGCUACACACUGAGAACCGAGUUCCUAUUCACUCCGUUCUAUAUCACGUCUGAUCUCUCCAGUUUGUCCCCAGCGACUAUAGAAGUGGACCCAGCGCCAACUCCCUACACACUCGGUGGCCGCAUUAACACCGACCUUACUCUUAAGGACACUGGUAGACCGUACACGUUGACACAUGACUUGAACGUGACAGCCAACGCCACACUAACCAUAGAACCAGGAGUGGUUUUAGCAUUUGAAGAUUCUGUGGGGAUGUACAUUGAAGGAAGACUUAAUGUCAGUGGAACAGAGAGUAAGAAGUGCAUCUUUACCGCCAAGGGAAAGGUGGCUACAACGAAAAAUGUCACAUCUAAAACAUAUUUUGGUAAAUUUUCGUUACUUCGAGGGCCAUGGCAAUCAUAUGACACGGCAUCGUUUUAUGGACAACUUUACGGAGAAGAAAACGGAGACAUAUUGCCAGUUUGUUAUGAUUCUUCAUUGAGAGAGCCAAUGUUGACAACAUGGCUGGACGGAGAAUGCAGGCGACUUGGAUAUGUUUCUCUAUUCUGCAUGAGCUCGAUUUCUGAUACGGCUAAACUGGGGUUAAAACUAAACUGUGCUGUAAAAGUUUAUUGGUAAUUUUCAGACGAGCUGCCACCAAACAAAGCAAGCCUAACAUUGGACAAUGUUAUAAUCAGUGGAUCCUCCAGAACAGUAUAUGGCUCAUACCAAGCCAAUGGAAUACGGACUGACAGGAGACAUCCAGACUACCCUGAUGUGGGACAAGUCAGCGUUGAUAUAAAAGACUCUGUUAUAGUAGGAAACUACAAACUGAUGGAUGUUUGGUUAUAAAGAUUAUCUAAUGUUCCACUGGUGAAUGAAUUGUUACCAUCUUUCGCCAUCUCAAUCAGAAAUACGACCUUAGAUUCCAAUGACUAUGGGAUUUAUAUUGACAAUUACCGUGGAAAUCGAGAACAGUUAACCAUUGAUGGAUGUAAGAUCAGAAUUACCAGGAACACAGUGUCCGGGAAGACAACCCCAAAGAUGUGGACAUCCAGUUUUUGAAUAACGAAAUCAUUGAUAACAGAGGGAGUGUACUUGACAUCGGUGGUGCUCUGCAUAUGACAGUAUCGGGGAAUAACAUCACAGACAAUGAGUACAGCUCUGGGUCAAUGAACUUAUACCGGGGAUAUGAAAAGACAAUACAAUUCGUGAACAAUGAUAUAUUAGGUAAUCGUUACAGAAAUUUCAUCGUCAUUAAUAUGGAGAAAUCAACCUAUGACCUAAGCCAAACAACAAACGUUGGACUGGUAGGGAAUAUCAUUGCUAACAACACUUAUUCAUCCGGCAACAACGAAGGACGGUCAUCACAGCCCCCAGUGUCAGCUGCACUCGUUUUUGAUGGUUAUGGAAAUGUCUGCGUUCAAAACAACACGCUUCAAAACCCGGGUCUAGAGGCAGAGCUGUAUGUCAAGACUCGCUCUACAAAAUGGACAAACACCUUUGAAGCCAGAUACAACACGUGGGAAUGUGAAAAUACCCGUUGCGUGAGAAAACGUAUAUAUGACGCACACAACGACAUGUAGCUACCAGAAGUGCGAGUACUUCCAUUUGUGUCAAGAUCGAACGAGUUGGUGUACACUCCUGACGUCACGGAGGGGCUUCCACAAGGAAACGUUCUUGGUGGGUGGCUGAACAAGUCCAUCACAUUAGAAGCAGCAGGUUCUCCGUUCUAUCUAAAAGAAGAUUGGACUAUUUUACCUGGUUGAGGUUUUCAUUGAACCUGGUGUUUGGAUUAAGCCAGCAAGGGACAAAGGGAUCCUCGUUCUGGGACGGAUAGUUGCAAGGGGAGAAAAGAGAGAAAGGUUGCCUUUGGCUGUCAAUACCAAACAGCUAAUUGCUCUUUUUGGCAAGGAUUGGCGUUUGCUUCAGAUGAAGUCAGAACUAGCCCUUCGGAAUUGCUCUUUGUAGACAUUUUUAAUGCAGGUUACAAAGGAAACACGUACGGCGCAGCUGUGCAGUCUUUCAGCCCCAGUGUAAUCAUACAGAACUCACGAGUGGCCCAGUCAAGGUUGAACGGUAUUGAAAUAAUUGGACCAGCAUUGAAAUCCAGCAUCAUUAAACGAAACGAGUUCCUUAACAACAGAGGUGUUGGGAUAAAAGCUGUUGUACAUGUGGCUCACCCAAGAAGUGAACCACUCAAUACUAGGGUCAAACAAGAACAUGUAGGAUGGCCAAGUGACGUUUAUGGAGUCGGUAGUAUUUGCGAAAAAAUUCCAAAAUGCUCAUUGUUAAGGACAGAACUGUGGUUUAUUCAGACGGAAAAUAGCAUGAAGGAUAUUAUUUUUAUUGCACACGUGCAAUAUGUUCUGAACUUGGACAGAAUAUCACAAUCCAAAUUUUACAGUUUAAUCUGUACCGUUUUCAACUGGAAAUAUUCGAAGGAUCGUCUCCUCUUCUCUUAAGGCGACUUCUUUAUGCUGACCAGACAAACGAUUCACUUCCUUCAGAUGUUCCAAUAAACAGUUCCAGUGUAACCAUCCGGUUAUAUAGCAGUACCAGGAACUGGGACACAUAUGGUUUGCAAAGCAUGGUCUUUGGUAUCAAGAUCUCCAGUGACACAUCCACAGGGUCUAUCGGCAACUUGGUCAUCGAGGAAAACACUUUCUUUAACAAUGGUCUGGGUGGAGUGAACAUUACUACAUUUGGACAGAGUAAUUGGGAUAUAAACAUCAACAAAAAUAUAUUUCACAGAAAUGGACUAUCGACUUCCCACCGAGCUGAACAUUCCAAAGCGGCUAUCCGGCUAAAUAUCGCUGACACUAGUGGUACAUUGGCAAACAAUUCCAUGGAAGGGAACCAGGGUGGCAUCCACGCUAGGACUCACAGCGUAUUCCAAAACAAUAAGCGGUUCUCUAUGCAACCCAGCUAGAGAGCAUUCAGAUGGUAGAAAUAGAGGACGGCCCUCACACACAGCAGUGCAGUAUAGAUGGGAAUGUGAUACAACACGGACAGGGAAAUAGGUACAGUGAUGUACUCCACCUGGAGGGUGUGUCUGGAACCGUCACAAACAACUACAUCUACAACAACACGGGUCUUCACGUGAUGUGGUGGACAAAACCAGCCAAUAGGAACAUGAGUGACGUCACUACUGACAACAUCAUAUACUACAACAUUGCAAGAGAUGCAAACAAUAUGGCGGCCAUAGUUUUUGGUGGCUGAUCAUCGUUUCUCCAUGACAAUGUCUUCCAAAACCCUACAUUUAUAUUCGAGAUGACAAGUGAAGGGGCAUCUUCAACUGUAAAUGCCUCUUCAGCUGUAAAUGCCUCUUACAACUGGCGGGGUCUUACAGAGCAUGCGCAGAUCAAGCAGAGGCUACGAGAUAGGGGCACGGGGUUCCCAUACCCAGAGGUCUCCAUACAUCUAAUCAUUGAUUCCAUGUCUUCUUAUCAAACAGGCCCAGUGUUUUCCCUGCUGAUUACCCCCGUCAGAUAACAAAGUGUCCCGUAGGGCAGUUCAUUCCGGACUCCAGAGUUUGUCGGCGGUAUUACAGCUGCACUGCAGGUCAUUCCAUUCUUGUGACCAGAGACAAGGUCAAGUAUCCCAGGUCCAAAGAUUUUGUCAUUGUCAGCAAGCAAGCCGGAGGAAUCAUUCAUAAAGUGUACGCAACUCAAGAAAAAGGAACAUACCGAUAUUUUGCUGCUGUAAGGGCCUAGUUGGAAGAUGUCAUUCAGUAUGCCAACUUUAACCAAACGCUUCCUGUCCGUUCCCUCAUGGAUGACAGGACGCUGGAGCACGUGCCGGAGGAACGCAUUUUUAAAAUUGCCUACAUGUGGGAAGGCGAAGCCAUUAGAGGUUCCUCAGUUCACGUGAUAAAAGAUGAUCAUGUUUUUAAAUGUCUUGGACAUUGGUACAAUGUGACCAUAAGACCCGUGGUGUCUCAGUACAUUGUGCUACGACAGAGUACGUCAAAUCACAUUAAUGUUGGCGAUGUGGUAGUCGGCGGGGAAAGUCAGGGCUUCCUCGAGGACUUAGAGGAUAUUGUAACAGAAUCUGAGUCUGUGACGUAGCACGCCAAAGUGAAGACGUGUAGUCAGGCUAUGUCUUUUAGUCUCAUUGCUGUCUCUCCUGUCUCCACAUCUAACACUAUGUACUGCCACGGUGGAGAACAAAAUGACAGAAGCCUGCACAUUAGUGAGUCAGUGAAUCAAGAGACGGCGCCACCAGUCGUAGGUGACGUCAUUCCAGGACGUACAUCGGGCGCCUAUCUCGGUUAGGUUAUUUCAAGGUUUGGGAAAGGGGGCUACAUUUUCCUGGAGUGUAUCCCCAUCCAGGACUUAAACAAAGACACAGUGCUGACGUCUGCUCCCUACACAGCUUUCCACCCCGACAGACGGCUGAACAACCAAAUAUCCACUGAUGGCAUAUUUACAUCACUGAAACAGGAGGCGGUGUUUGAGACCCCGGUGUUGUCAGCCAGUCAGAAACUGUCACAUACACGACUACAGCCCCUAUCAUGGACAGUUUGGACAUUACCACGUGUUCUAAGAUCUGUUCCGGGCGUGAGGGCGUGCACCUUGUGGUCCACAAGGCGGGGCCGGGGUACAGAAAAGACGCUGGGUUUCUUCGUUUAGAAGCGUCAUAUUCGAUUUUCACAAGCCUUGAAGAAUAUGUGCUUGUUCCUGAUUCUGUAAAAGUUUCUGCGCACUGUAGGCCAGCUACGGUAGCCAUGCACCACGUAUCCUGUUGGACCCGGUACCUGCCUAUGUCCUGAUGGAAGCAAUAGUAUUGAGCAUAACCACAGUUGCCAGUGUGACAAGUGCCCGGAUGGUAAAACUAAAAAGGUGAUCACUGAUGACCCUUCUCAGCCUGCGUGUCCAUGUCACUGUGCGUACGGUUGGCCACGGAAGAUGAACGCAGACGGCACGUGUGAGUGUGGCUGUGAGUGUCCAAAUGGCGGUUAUGGUGCCGGUAAACCUGAUGGUGGCUGUCAUUGUUCAUGUGAAUGUAAAAACUGCCAGAACUCGAUUAUAACUAGUGACAGAACGUAUUACUGUCCGAAUGAUAUCUGCCCGGUGUGUGACUCUGCCUACGAGCCCGUGUGGGAAGACUGUCGCUGUGUUUGUCGUGAGAAGACCCAGUGUGGACUGUACCCUGCCUGUGUACGAGGUCGACGUGGAGAUCAAUGUGGCCAGCCGGACUGUGAGCCAUGCAGUUUACAGACGGACAACGGGUUGCAAGAAUGUUUCGGCAAUGGUGUUUGCACCACUCAGUUGUACUUCUGUAGCUCCAGGUGUGUGUGUUCCCGAUUCUGGGCCGGCGUCUGUUGUAAUGUCAGAGUACCCAGAAAACGUUGGAGGUGAUCCUCACUUACAGACAGCAGAUGGUAUAUCCUACGACUACCAUGGUAUCGGAGAGUUCUGGGACUGUAUGAGUACAGCUAACGACUUUGGCGUGCAAGUCAGGUUCUUUGGCUAUAAACAAGCGUCACUGGUCGGUGCCGCCGCGGUCAAGGUCGGCCACAGUGUGGCCACCAUUACUACACCAGCCAAUGCUACUGAGACCACCCUUCCUACUUGAAGAAUUGACGGGCUAGUCCAGAGCAUAACCAAAAACAACACAAGAUUGACGCUUAACAACGACACCGUCAUUGUAGACAUUGCUAAAGUCAGGAACAACGCCACUGGUGCCGUGAUGAUGAUUGCAAUCCAGUAUGACACCGGUGUAUCUGUCACAGUAGACGUCCGGUUCAGUCCAGUGAUGGGGCGCCUCUUCCUUAACGUGCGUUCUGGUCUAACUUCCAGUUUUAAGGGGCAGACGUCUGGACUGUGCGGGCUGAUGGACGAUAACCAGGACAACGAUUUCACCAUGGCCAAUGGCACCGUGGUCACCAAGGACAAUGCAGUGGAAUAUGCCGAGUCAUGGAGAAUUAGUACUUCAUUUUCUGGUUCUGGAUUAUACGGAAGUUGGUCCUGGGACAGUUCAAACUUCCACGCUGAUGACAUCAUGGACCCGUCCUUCACCGACCCCAGUCUAUACAAUCCGGUCUACGGCCCUGUAACGUGUCACAGGCUGAGAUGAAGGCUGCAGAGACGGUAUGUCAGGGAAAGGACUGGAGGGCGUAUUACUGCAGGAGUGUGUCUAUGACAUCGUGGUCACGAAAGAUAUCACUUUCUCCAACCAAGAAACAUACGAAUUAAGUUCCUGUGGUUCCUGCGUCAAUGGUGUGUGUGACAGCGGUUUCUGUGUGUGUAUUGUGGGCUGGGAAGGGACAGCCUGUGACCAGAAAGCAACGGUGGUAAAGUCCCCAUAAGAACCAUGGUACCAGACAGUGGGCUUCAAGGCCGGCGCAGGCGCAGUUGGUGGAGUGGUGGCAGUGUGCCUUAUUGCUGUUGUUGCCUAUCGCUGUAUCUGGGGACAGAAAUAUAAAGUCGGCUCAAUGCCAGAACAUCCCCGUAGGUCGUCCCCCAUGGCCUACACACACCAGAUGACAUCUGUGGGGGCAAACAAAUACGUCACGGAAGGAGACAUCGGCGACAAUGAGGACAUUAAUGCCUCGGCGGAUAGUGAGAAUGAGACUUCAUUUCCACCUGGGAGACAUGCAUUUAGCAAUCAGGCAUUCACUUAGACAUUGUUUUAUUUUCUAAGAUAUUAUAAGCAAUGCUAUAGAUGCAAGCACUAAAGUGCUGAUGACGGUACAUGCGAUAUCUGAUCUGUGCCGGCUUUGAUUUUGACAGAUGAAUGUUAGAUGCGCAGAUCCAAGAAAACUAGAAAAAUUAUUUGGGAAUGAAAUGCAUGUUUUGAUUAUUACGGUGCUUCAAGAUAAUAAAAUUGACCAAAAUAUAACAACAAAUGAUUAAAAUGACCAGAAGGUUUCAAAUAUUAAAUAUGAAGAAGGUUAUUGAUAUUUUGAAUAUGUAAUACACAUGCCAUCUUAAUCCCGAGAAAUUUAUGGUAGUCAAACUUAGGAAUUAUUAAUUGAUCAUAAUAUAUUAAAUAAGAAACGCUGCUAGUUUAUUGGCGGCUUGCUGCAAUGUGAUAUGGUUCGAUCACGGACCAACAAGAAUAAUUUCAUGCGUUAUUAGCAGUUAUAUACGGGACCAACUGACAUUUAUAAUUUUAAUUUAUUAAUAAUGAAUUUUUUCCAAGUAAUAUUUUUCAAAAAGAGUAAAACCCACUUGUACUAUUUUUAUAUCAUAUAACCUGCUGCUUGUCCAGCGAGGUCACACAAUGAAAGUGGUUGUUGAUUGAAAAAUCAAAUAAAUAUUUUACUUAG